AUCUGCCACCGGACUGCUAGAAACUGCCACUCCCUGCUCACAAUCGAUGGCCAUUUUUAUGAUAUGAGGAGCCUGAGGCCAGUGCUGGACAUACAGAAGCAGAAUUUAAGGAACUGCCCAUCAAUGGCCAACUCCACCCCUGGGCUUGAUGUACUGUGAUAGAGAAGUGAGUAGACCAGAAAUACUGCAGCUGACAGCCAUGGAGGAAACCCAACAGAAACCUGCUACCCCAGAGCCGAGCCCAGCACCCAGUCCGGCACCCAGUCCAGCGCCCAGCCCAAUACCCAGCCCGCUGCUGGACAGAAUCGCUCUGCCUGCUGCAAACCACGUGGAGCACCUAAAUGUGAACCAGAUCCAGGUGGUAGUGCGGCGUUGCUCUAGUCCAAAUGUAACCGAGGAGACUACUUAUUUUAUUCCUCGCAACCCUGUGGUGGACGCUGGCACCAACACAGACCCACCAGUGGUCUGUUGCCCUUUGCUGCACAGAUUUUGCCCAUGUCCACCAAGAGGCCUCCUUGCCUCGCUCAUUACCAAAGUCCUUUUGGCAGCUGUUCUCUUUGGAGUGGUUUGGUCUGUCACAGAGGAUGAAUGUCUUCCAGGAGGGAACCUGUUUGGCAUCACAAUACUCUUCAUCUGUGCGCUCAUCGGUGGCAAAGUGGUGGCUCUCAUCCGUCUGCCCAAACUUCCACCAUUCCCACCCCUUCUUGGUAUGCUGUUGAUGGGUUUCCUGCUGAGGAACAUCCCUGUUGUAACAGAUGGGGUGUACAUUGACUUCAGAUGGUCUGCAUCACUGAGAAACAUUGCUCUGGCUGUCAUUCUGGCAAGAGCUGGUCUGGGCUUGGAUCCCACGGCUCUGAAGAAACUAAAAUCUGUGUGUAUACGGGUGGCAGUUGGGCCCUGCACGAUCGAGGCUUGCACCAUCGCCCUGGUCUCUCACUUCCUCAUGGGCCUGCCCUGGGUGUGGGGCUUCAUCCUUGGCUUUGUGCUGGGCGCUGUGUCUCCCGCAGUCGUUGUUCCCUCCAUGCUGUUGCUCCAAAAGGAUGGGUAUGGUGUGGAGCAGGGCAUCCCAACCCUGCUGAUGGCUGCAGGCAGCUUUGAUGACAUUCUCGCCAUCACAGGGUUCACCACAUGCUUGGGCAUGGCCUUCGCCACAGGCUCCACUUGGUACAACCUCCUGAGAGGAGUACUGGAGGUGGGUGGAGGGAUGGUUGCUGGGAUUCUCCUUGGCUUCCUCAUCCAGUACUUCCCUAGUGUUGACCAGAAAUACAUAGUAAUGAAGCGUUCCUUCUUGGUGCUGGGUCUGUCUGUGUUUGCCGUGUUUGGCAGCGGUGUGGCAGGCUUUCCUGGCUCUGGAGGCCUCUGCACCCUGGUGUUGGCAUUCCUGGCUGGCUACGGCUGGGGGACAGAAAAGGCACGUGUGGAGGAAGUGGUGGGGUGGGCGUGGGACGUGUUUCAGCCUCUACUCUUCGGACUGAUAGGAGCCGAAAUUCGAAUCUCUGAGCUGGAGGGGAUCACUGUUGGUCUGGGUAUAGCCUCCCUGCUCAUUGCUCUGGUGGUUAGACUCCUGUUCACCUUUGUCUGUGUAUUGUGUGCGGGCUUUAACGUGAAGGAGAAAGUGUUUAUAGCCCUAGCAUGGAUGCCCAAAGCCACAGUGCAGGCAGCUAUAGGCUCCACAGCUUUGGACAUGGCCAGAACAAAGGAUGACCAGCAGCUGCAGAAGUACGGCAUGGACGUGCUGACUGUGGCUGUGCUCUCCAUCCUUCUCACAGCCCCUGUAGGAGCUCUUAUCAUAGGGCUCAGUGGACCUCGUCUGCUGCAAAAACCAAAGAACUCAGUCUGUGGUGAGCGAGUCAAACCCAAUUUAUCAGCCUUUUUCUUAGGCACUGCAGCAGGAGGUGACGAUGACAAUGAAACUCCUGUCACCUAUGAAAGUACGCUCUGACAACAUUGUCCAGAAAGACAGGACAUUUAAAGAGACUCCUCACACCUCUGAUAUUUGAGCUUUUCUUCAGCCACCAAGUGGCUCUCUUUGUCUCUCUGUCAGUCGGCUCCUGAUGUUUGGCAUCGUGCAGCAACACAUGAAUCACACUAUAUUUAUAGCCUCUGGUGGUUUCCAGGCCUCAUGCUCCAAACAAAUGACCCCUAUUCCACUGUCUGCACUGUCAUGCUGUGUGAACACUGUACAUGUGGCAGUUUUGCUUCUGGUUUCAAAUGAUGAUUUAUUCAAAUAUAGUAGUGUGAGGCUUACAACAGGUUUACCUUUUUGUAAAGGUGGAUACUAUUCCUGCCCGUCAUGUUCACGAAAUCCAAUAUUUGUCCAUUUUUUUAAUGACUAGAUUUCUUUUGACUGUCUACUGUACUUGAACUUGAAAAGGUAAUGCCGUAUUUUAUUACAAUUUUCUUUGGGCGGCUAAUUGAAUUUACUGUACUGAUAGUAGCAAUAUUUUAUUAUUGAUUACUCUACACAGUAGACAGUAGACACUACACAGUGUUUAGGUGUUCUACGCUCAGUACAUUUUAGCGCUAUAUGUUUGUGUACGUCUGCGUAUGUCUUAUUCACAUAUUUAUUAGCUUUAUGUCUCGGUGGUGAGAAACGUCUGUGUAGUUUUUAAAACUCAGGAUAUGAUCUGAAUACUCUGCAAGGCUUUGCUUGUGUUUAUACACAUUGCUGCUACAAAGACCUAUCAACUACUGCAUGCAUUAUGUCCGCUUUCCAAUGUCAUAAGUUCCCAACAACAAUCAUGUCCAUAUGCCCAACAAUAAUGUAAACCCAAACUUUUAUAAUUUGAUUGUGAACAAAAGUUGAUUUUUCGUGAUUGUUACAUUAGAUGUUUUUUUUUAUUACAUAAGUAUGCAGUGUAACUUAAGAUAUUUUUGAUGUGUUUGAAUUUAUAUGACCUCAUUUAAAAGGUUGUGCACAAGCAACUGUUUAUGAUGAUAAAUAAUUAUGCAUUAGUUUUUUACCAAAUAUUCUUUAAACAAUAAAUGAUAAAACACA